AUGGCUUCUCCUUCAGUUACUAUAUUCUUCAACAAUGUCAUGAUCUUUUCUGCAUUUUGUGUCACUUUGGUUGCUGUGCCUGUGUCUUCUUUUCAGUUCCAAGUUGGUGGCGAGAUGGGUUGGAUCAAACCCACUGGAAAUGAGUCUGAUACUUACUUCAAGUGGGCUACAGAAAAUAGGUUCCAUGUUGGAGAUAUUCUUUAUUUUAAGUACCAGAAUGACUCAGUGCUGGUAGUGAACUACACUGAUUACCGGAACUGUGUUGUGUCCAACCCAAUCUCCAAAUUUGAAGAUGGAAAUACAGUUUUGCAAAUUGAUCGAUACGGGUUUUUCUACUUCAUCAGUGGGCAGCCUGAUCACUGCAAAGCUGGUCAGAAACUGGUCAUCCGCGUAAUGGUGCAAUCCGAAGUUGAGUCUCCAACUUCCGCACCUUCACCUAAAGGAGGUGGUGAUUCAGGCGAUUAUGAUGCUUGGGAUUUCAACUGGGGGCCUCCACUAAAUUCUACCAUCAAGCUGUCUUUUGCAUCAUAUUUUUUAACUAUUCUUGGGGGUGUGUUGCUUAUUUUCUAUGUUUUCAUGUAGAAUACUAAUAGGAUAGAUUAUAUUAGUUAAGGUAAUCCUAGUCCUAGGGAUUAAUCU